AGUAUACCAAAGUGUGGCUCGCUAACCAUGCACGAUCGGCAGCUCGAUAAUCCAGAGGAUACGGAUCGAAUGAUCACCAGCUUUAUGAAGACUCGGAAAUGGAGGAAAAUUGUGGAAAUCGGCCAAGAACUGGCACCAACGGAACGAUCGCGGUAUCUGUGGGCCUGGCCAACCGAGCAGGAUGUGGAACGGAUCGGUCAAGUGCUUGGUCACCUCGAAGUCAAAUCGAUCGCUAGCGUAGGCUGUGGAACGGGACUGUUGGAGUGGAUAGUUGGCUGUGCUUAUGAUGCCAUCACGUUCCGUGGGAUCGAGAUCGAUGAAGAUUGGUGGAGCUCCAAGUACGCACCGAUCAGCUACAUUCCAUUGAAAUUUGUACACGGUUCCGGUAACGGUGAGCUGUUGCGAGAACUGACCGAUGCAACAGAUGGGCUCAUGUUUUGCUACUUCAACAACGGCGAUGCUUUCACUCAGUACGUCGAAGCGUUCAAGGGACGGUACGUCAUUAUCGUUGGCCCUCGAAGUGAUCGUGGUGUGCAUACGAAUCCGCUACCGAUGGCACCGGGCGAAUCUUUUCUGGAACGGUGGCAAUUGGUGGAACAUUUCGAUCUAGGCAGUGAAAACAUAAACUGUACAGCAGUUUACCAACGCAAGAAGACUGAAGAUUAAUAAAGUUAAUUUGCUAUGUUUCGUA